UUUAUCUAUUAGGCUUGUAAAUUAGAGCUCCUCUGUUCUUGAGGCUGGAAAGUGUGUGUGUGUGUGUGUACGCGCGUAUGCGUGUGCGCGCGUGUGCGCCAGUGUGUUUGGGCCAGGCCACCUCUGUGGCCCCCGUUGGGAGUAGGGGAGAGAAAGGGGGCGGAAAGGGAGGUCGAUUGUAGAAUCCACAAGGAAGACCCUCCCUCUUGCCGGCCUCCCCUUUGUAGCCCUUGGCAUUCAACAUCCUCCCUGGUUGACUUGAGACUAAGAUGGCUGCCGUUGCCAUGGCACCCAACCCAGUCCAGACCCUCCAAGAGGAGGCAGUAUGUGCCAUCUGCCUGGAUUACUUCACCGACCCCGUGUCCAUUGGCUGUGGGCACAACUUCUGCAGGGUGUGUGUGACCCAGCUGUGGGGGGGAGAGGAUGAGGAGGAGGAGAGGGAGGAGGAGGAAGAUGAAGGGGAGGAAGAGGAGGUGGAGGCAGUGGGUGCCAGUGGUGGGUGGGACACCCCCAUGCGAGAGGAUGAGUACGAGGGGGAUAUGGAAGAAGAGGAGGUGGAGGAGGAAGAGGAUGAGGAGUUUUGGACCAAUAGUAUCAAUGGCCCCACCUGGGACAACAUGUAUUAUGUGUGGGAUGAGGAUGAAGAGGAAGAUCUGGACUACUACCUAGGGGAUGUGGAAGAGGAGCUGAGGGGCGAGGAGGAGGAAGAAGAUGAAGAUGAGGAGGUGUUGGAGGAAGAUGAAGAGGAAGAGCUGGAGCCAGCCACCCCUCCACCACCCGCCCCCGCUCCUAGGCGCAGAUUUACCUGCCCCCAGUGUAGGAAGACGUUCCCCCGUAGGAGCUUUAGACCCAACCUGCAGUUGGCCAACAUGGUGCAGGUAAUUCGGCAAAUGCACCCAGCUCCUCGGAGAGGAAGCCGGGGCAGUGAACAAGGUGUGUGCCCCAAGCACCAGGAGGCUCUGAAGUUGUUCUGUGAGGUGGAUGAGGAAGCUAUCUGUGUGGUGUGCCGAGAGUCAAGAAACCACAAGCAACACAGUGUGGUGCCACUGGAGGAAGUGGUGCAGGAGUACAAGGCCAAGCUGCAGGGUCACGUGGAGCCAUUGAGGAAGCAUCUGGAAGCUGUGCAGAAACUGAAGGCCAAGGAAGAGAGGAGGGUCAUGGAGCUCAAGAGUCAGAUGAAGACAGAGCUGGCAGCAGUAGCAACAGAAUUUGGAAGAUUGGCACGGUUUCUGGCUGAUGAACAAGCUGGGCUAGAACGGCGUUUACGGGAACAGCAUGAAGCCCAGUUAGGGCGAGCAGGAGCCGCAGCAGGACGCCUCGGGGAGCAAGCUGCACAGCUAAGUCGACUGCUGGCCGAGGCACAAGAGAAAAGCCAACAGGGGGGACUUCGACUGCUUAAGGACAUCAAGGAGACUUUUAACAGGUGUGAGGAGGUACAGCUGCAGCCUCCAGAGAUCUGGUCCCCAGAUCCCAGCCAUCCCCACAGUCAUGACUUCUUGACAGAUGCCAUCGUGAGGAAGAUGAGUCGGAUGUUCUGUCAGGCUGCCCGAGUGGACCUGACUCUGGAUCCUGACACUGCUCAUCCAGCCUUAGCCCUAUCACCAGACCGACGCGGAGUCCGUCUGGCAGAACGGCGCCAGGAACUCCCUGACCACCCCAAACGAUUUUCAGCCGAAUGCUGUGUGCUAGGUGCCCAGGGCUUCCGUUCUGGUCGCCACUAUUGGGAGGUGGAGGUAGGGGGGAGGCGUGGCUGGGCUGUAGGGGCUGCUCGUGAGUCAACUCGUCACAAGGAGAAGGGGGGACCAGCAGGGAGUUCUGGGGGUGGCAGUGGGGAUGCCACCCCAUCUCGCCACCACCAUCGCCGCAGAAGGCCCUAUUUGCCCCAGCAGCCAAUGUUUCAAAGGGAGGUGUGGUGUGUGGGCACCAAUGGGAAGCGCUACCAGGCACAGAGCUCAACUGAGCAGACACCUUUGAGCCCUGGUGACAAGCCACACCGAUUAGGGGUAUACCUGGACUAUGAGGCAGGACGGCUGGGCUUCUACAAUGCUGAGACUCUGGGACAUGUACAUACCUUCUCAGCUGCCUUUCUGGGUGAGCGGGUCUUCCCUUUCUUCCGGGUGAUUUCCAAGGGCACCCGAAUCAAACUCUGCCCCUAAAGCAUUGCAGUGCUUGUUCCCCCUCCCCCAAACUUCCCUUAUCAAGCUGGGAAGGUUGGUUCUCUUCUACAACACUACUCUUUUUCUCCUAGUUUCCCACCUCUGGUUUUCAUUCUCCUACCUCCUCUGUCCUCUCAUCCUUAUCUAUAUUUGGGUAUGGGUCCCUGAAAGGGAUAAAAUUGUUGAACAAUCUGCUUUCCUCCCCCUCUGUUGUCUACCCUACCCAUCUCCAAUUCCACCUCUAUUACUUAUCUACCCAAAAGAAUUUUAUUUAGGGAGAGGAACAUUUUUUUUUUAAUGGAUUGAGACCUUUCUCCUCCACACAUAUCUAUACCUUUCUAUCAGCUGUCUAUAGCAGAGAGGGGGAUAUAUGGGGAGGUUAGGUUCCUCUUAGGUUCUUUGUCUCUCAGGUCAGAAGCAUAAUGGUUGUCACCUUUGUGGUUUUCUUUUUCACCUUAGCUGUCUCUGCCUUCUCCUCCACUUCUUUUUAUCCUGUUCUGCUGCUCACUUGCCUUCCAUCUCCAUUUCCCGAAGGGGAGUUUGUCACCAAAAAUGUGACUCAUGUUCUCAGGCUCAGAUUCCCCUUUCCCCUCUCUAGUUUGCAGCUUGCAGCAUCCCCUACUUGUAGAGGCCCACUAGGGGAGGUAGGGAUCUGUUUGAUCUUAUCCCAUUCUAGACAUCUGAGAAAUGCCUCCCACUCCACUUUAACACCAAGGGAACUGGAUUAGGACUAACACCCAAUAACUAAAAGUAAUAAACUGUAGAUACAAUUCACAAUACUUUUAAGAGCAUUAUUGAGUCUUGGGCAUAGUCUAUAUUUUUCUAGAACCCUCUACUUCCACUUUGGGGGCAUAUUCCAAGUUGGAGGUAACCCACCCCCUACUCCCUAUUUCUUAGCCUCCUGCCUUUCUCUCUACUGCUCUUUGGCUGAGGUUGGUUUGGGGGGAAAUUGAGAGGUGGGAGUGUAAUGGUGUGUUGAAAUGGACAAUGAAAGUUUACUGUUUAAUCAGUUUCAGUGAGUAGUUAUUUUGGUAGCUUCUGGGUGAAGAUGCUGCCUAAUUGGCUUAAUUUCUUAACUUUCCCUUCUACCCUCCAUCCCAUUCCCUCCUUCCACCUUGUUUAAGCCCCUUCCAAUGAGUGAAGUGCCAUUCUGCAUGAAAUAGGGGCACAUGGAAGUAACUGGAGGAAACCGAGCUGUCACACAUGGGUCCCAAGUUCUAGGGAGGUGGCCCUACCCUACAAAGAUCCUCUUGAUUUUGUUCUUCAGAUUUCCCUUUUCUCCCGUAUCAGGCUCCACCUUGAUCACCUUGAGUUUUCUCUUAAUCACUUCUGCUUAUUUUCACCUUAGAUCCCCAUAUUUUACAGAUUAAGAUCUCAUUCUCCCUACCUGCCUCAUAUACCCUUUAUCUUCUCUACCUAUAUAGAGUGGGCAUCUUUCUCACCCCUUCCCCUACAGGCUUUCCAUUCUUUUUGGUGCCUGUCCUUUGGCUGCAACUUCCUACCCAGCCAUCUUAACCAUUUAAACAUUUCAUCUUCCCUCAUACCUAAGAUUUUCCUCCACUUAGCCCAUUCCAGACAUCUAAGAAAUGCCUCCCACUCCACUUUAACACCAAGGGAACUGGAUUAGGACUAACACCCAAUAACUAAAAGAAAUAAACCAUAGAUAAAAUUCACAAUACUUUUAAGAGCAUUAUUGAGAGAUGGAAAGAAGUCAUCUAAGUCCAAUGAUGUCAAGCUCAAGUAGAAAUGCUGGCCACUAAGUAAGCACCCCUGUGUUCCUGGAAUGAGUUAGAAAACCACACAUUAACAUGUUCUAUUGCGUUUUUAUUUUAUUAAACAUUUCCUAGUUGCA